GCCGGACCGACGCCUGCGAGCCCGCCACUCUCCGCACCCUCAGCUUCCCGGGUUGGCAGGCGGCUAGUGACGGCUGAGGAAGUGUUUAAAAUGAAGAAGUUUAAUUUCCGAAAAGUUUUGGAUGGCUUAACUGCCUCCUCUCCUGGCAGUGGUAGCAGCAGUGGCAGUAACAGCGCUGGUGGGGCUGGAAGUGGUUCCGUGCAUCCAGGAGGGACUGCAGGGAUUCUCAGAGAGGAGGUUCAGGAAACCCUGACUUCAGAGUAUUUCCAGAUUUGCAAGACAGUUCGGCAUGGUUUUCCUUAUCAGCCCACAACAUUAGCCUUUGAUCCAGUUCAGAAAAUCUUGGCUAUUGGGACGAGAACAGGUGCUAUUCGAAUACUCGGGAGACCUGGUGUUGAUUGUUAUUGCCAACAUGAAAGUGGUGCAGCUGUCCUGCAGCUCCAAUUCUUGAUCAAUGAGGGUGCUUUGGUCAGUGCAAGUUCAGAUGAUACACUUCAUUUGUGGAAUCUUAGACAAAAAAGGCCAGCUAUUCUUCAUUCUCUUAAAUUUAACCGAGAACGAAUUACUUACUGUCAUCUACCUUUCCAGAGUAAAUGGCUCUAUGUUGGAACAGAAAGAGGAAAUACACAUAUUGUAAACAUUGAAUCUUUCAUUCUUUCUGGGUAUGUUAUCAUGUGGAACAAGGCAAUAGAACUAUCCACAAAGACUCAUCCAGGUCCAGUUGUACAUUUAAGUGAUAGCCCAAGAGAUGAAGGGAAACUGCUAAUAGGUUAUGAAAAUGGUACUGUAGUAUUCUGGGACUUGAAAUCUAAAAGAGCAGAACUGAGAGUUUAUUAUGAUGAGGCUAUUCAUUCAAUUGAUUGGCAUCAUGAGGGCAAACAGUUCAUGUGCAGCCAUUCAGAUGGUAGCUUGACUUUAUGGAACCUGAAAAGCCCAAGUCGUCCUUUCCAGACCACAAUUCCACAUGGAAAAAGUCAAAGAGAAGGAAGAAAAUCUGAAUCUUGUAAACCAAUUCUUAAAGUAGAAUACAAGACCUGUAGAAAUAGUGAGCCAUUCAUAAUAUUUUCUGGUGGACUGUCCUAUGACAAAGCUUGCAGAAGACCAAGUUUAACCAUCAUGCAUGGAAAAGCAAUUACAGUGCUUGAAAUGGAUCAUCCUAUUGUUGAAUUUCUAACUUUAUGUGAAACACCCUAUCCAAAUGAAUUUCAAGAACCCUAUGCCGUUGUAGUGCUUCUGGAGAAAGAUCUCAUUGUAGUUGAUCUGACACAAAGCAAUUUUCCAAUCUUUGAAAAUCCGUAUCCCAUGGACAUUCAUGAAUCUCCAGUUACAUGCACAGCAUACUUUGCUGAUUGCCCGCCAGAUUUGAUUCUAGUACUCUACUCUAUAGGAGUCAAACAUAAAAAACAAGGAUACAGUAAUAAGGAGUGGCCAAUCAGUGGAGGAGCUUGGAACCUUGGAACACAAACAUAUCCAGAAAUUAUUAUUACUGGUCAUGCAGAUGGAUCAAUAAAAUUUUGGGAUGCUUCUGCAAUAACUCUGCAAAUGCUGUACAAGCUAAAAACUUCAAAAGUGUUUGAAAAACAGAAAGUAGGAGAAGGAAAACAAACAUGUGAAAUUGUGGAGGAAGAUCCAUAUGCUGUUCAGAUGAUUUACUGGUGUCCAGAAAGCAGAAUAUUCUGUGUAUCAGGAGUCUCUGCAUAUGUCAUAAUUUAUAAAUUCAGCAGACAUGAAAUUACAACAGAAAUAGUGUCAUUAGAGGUACGACUUCAGUAUGAUGUUGAAGAUAUUAUUACCCCAGAACCCGAAACAAGUCCUCCAUUUCCAGAUCUCUCAUCCCAGCUUCCUUCUUCAAGGAGUCUUUCCGGAAGCACUACCACUGUGGCUAGUGAAGGAGUAACAAAGGACAGUAUCCCAUGCCUCAAUGUUAAGACACGACCAGUGCGGAUGCCUCCAGGGUAUCAAGCAGAACUUGUUAUUCAGUUGGUGUGGGUGGAUGGUGAACCUCCCCAACAGAUUACUAGUCUUGCUGUAAGCUCAGCGUAUGGAAUAGUUGCAUUUGGGAACUGCAAUGGGUUGGCUGUGGUGGAUUUUAUACAGAAGACAGUACUGUUAAGCAUGGGAACCAUUGACCUAUAUAGAUCAAGUGACCUAUACCAACGACAACCCCGGUCUCCUCGAAAAAACAAGCAGUUCAUUGCAGGUUUAACUGAGCUGAAUGACAGUCCAGUUCCCCUGGAACUUGAGCGCUGCAAGUCUCCCACUUCAGGACUUGCUACCAGAACUCCCGAGGCAUCACCAGGCUUUUAUAGGAAUGAAAUACCAGCUGUGAGACAGAGGAAUCAAGUACAUCACUUGCCAGAUCAUGUUAAUGGACACUGCACAAGUCCAACUUCUCAGAGUUGCAGUUCUGGAAAACGUCUUUCUAGUGCUGAUGUUUCAAAAGUAAGUCGCUGGGGUCCUGGAAGACCACCAUUUCGAAAAGCACAGUCAGCUGCUUGCAUGGAGAUUUCUUUACCAGUUACAACAGAAGAAAGUCGAGAAAAUUCCUAUAAUCGUUCUAGAAGCUCUAGCAUCUCCAGUAUUGACAAAGAUUCUAAAGAAGCAAUUACAGCACUAUACUUCAUGGAGUCCUUUGCUCGGAAAAAUGACUCUACCAUCUCCCCUUGUUUGUUUGUUGGAACUAGUCUGGGAAUGGUGUUAAUCAUCACCCUGAACCUACCUUCAGCAGAUGAACAAAGAUUUACAGAGCCAGUCAUGGUAUUGCCAAGUGGUACGUUCCUCUCAUUGAAAGGAGCUGUUCUAACAUUCUCCUGUAUGGACCGAACUGGCGGAUUAAUGCAACCGCCAUAUGAAGUUUGGAGGGAUCCAAACCACAUAGAUGAAAAUGAAAAAUCUUGGAGAAGGAAACUGGUCAUGAACUUCCCCUCUCCAUCCCAAGAAAUAGGAGAUCAUCAGUAUACAAUAAUCUGCUCAGAAAAACAAGCCAAAGUCUUCUCACUGCCUUCUCAGACUUGCCUUUAUGUUCAUAACAUCACGGAGACAUCUUUUAUACUGCAAGCAGAUGUGGUGGUCAUGUGUAACAGUGCCUGCUUGGCAUGCUUUUGUGCCAAUGGGCAUAUCAUGAUAAUGAGCCUACCUAGUCUUCGCCCAAUGUUGGAUGUUAAUUAUUUGCCACUGACAGACAUGAGGAUAGCACGGACGUUUUGUUUUACCAAUGAAGGACAGGCAUUAUACCUCGUCUCUCCAACUGAAAUUCAGCGGUUAACAUACAGCCAAGAGAUGUGUGAUAAUCUACAGGACAUGCUAGGAGAUUUGUUUACUCCAAUAGAGACACCAGAAGCUCAAAACAGAGGCUUUCUCAAGGGACUGUUUGGUGGAAGUGGACAAACGUUUGACAGAGAAGAGCUUUUUGGGGAAGCUUCAGCAGGAAAAGCAUCCCGCAGCCUUGCACAACAUAUUCCUGGACCAGGUGGUAUAGAAGGGAUGAAAGGCGCUGCUGGAGGGGUGAUGGGAGAGCUGACUCGCGCACGGAUCGCACUUGAUGAGAGAGGCCAGAGGCUAGGCGAGCUGGAAGAGAAAACUGCAGGCAUGAUGACCAGUGCAGAAGCAUUUUCCAAACAUGCACAUGAGUUAAUGCUGAAAUAUAAAGAUAAGAAAUGGUACCAAUUCUAAACUUCUAAAGAAGCUGAGACUGCUUUGAGAAACCAUUAUUCAGGGAAACCAAAUUUAUUCCCAGCAUCACUAUCCAACUGCUAGAAGCCAGUUUCUUCUACAAAAUGUUCCAUUACAGUCCAUCUGAAGUUAUCAUAAAGGAGAUUUAUCAGAGACAUGGUACAACCCAAAGGCUGGAACCUUGGUUAAAAUCCCAAGAUAUGUCUGGACUUGCCUUUUCCCACAUGGAAUGGAGCUAUCAUCUUGGCAUGUCAUUUGCUAAGGAUUUACGUUUAGAAACUACGGGGAGUCCUUCUGGUUUGGAAAAAUCCUGUACAAACAAAAGCAUUAAUGCACUUAAUGAAAAAAAAUCUUUGCAUGAUAAAUUAACAUCUUAAGAGGAAAAGAAAAAAAGCAUGUGUGACAGAAGCAAAAAAGAUUUAUAGAAAACUAUUUUUGUAAAUUGGGCCACACCUGACAAUUUUAAAAAUCUGCAUUGGAAGAUAUCAGUGCAUUUCAAGUACAUUUGCCAUUCCCAACUGAAAAAGAAAACAAAAACCAGAGUUUUCUUCUCAUCUGUAACUUUCAUUGUACUAGGACAUUAUUGAAUUCUUAUGGCAAGAAUCUGAUUAAUGUUCCUCUCUCUCCAUAAUAUUUUACAUCAUUCACAGUUCUUUGUCAUAAUCAAGUAUUGCCAGAUUCCUAACACAAUUAUUUCCAUUUCUAUCACCUUCAGAACAAGUUGCUAUUUUUAGUCACAUACUAUGCAGGAUUGGGUCACCUCAAAGCAUUUUUUCAGCCUGGCUUGUACUCUGCAGGAGAGUUGAUGAUAGGUUUGGGAAACUAGACUAUAGGAACAAUGCAGUUAGCUUUGAGAACUGAUUUCACAUACACUUUCAGUUUCUAAAGUGAUAUACUUUUAAUGCUCCAUUUGUAUCCUUAUCUGCCAAUUACACAGUAUAUUACUGUUCAAACCCAGUGGGGUCUUCAAUCCAAAGGUGCUCUUGCAGCCUGACGCUCAGAGACCAAACUGGUCAUUCUCUUUAGUAUGAUUCAGUAAAACCUCAGUUAAUGUUUUAGGAAAGGGAUUCUGAUUUAUUACAUUUCUGAUUAACAAGGGCUUUCAUUAGAAAAUAUUUUUUGGUUUAAUACUUAUUAUUGAAAAUCUUUAUAAAAUGUAGUGGUGUUUUUGCUAUCUUGGCCUCAGUCAUCAUUAUGGACAACAGAAAUAC